GUGUAACCAGGCUGCAGGCACAACACAUAGCCACAGCAUUGUUCUUUAAUUAAUUUAAUUUCUUGAUAUUUAUAUACUAAAUCAAUGCAGAUGCUUAUAAGUAAAAAUCCUGUCUUCUUGGUUAAAUAUAAUUCAUGUAUGUUAUAGAUAUAUGGCAGCGGUUCUCAAACUGAGUGCAUUGCAAUUGCGGCCCCCCGAAUAAAGAUUUAGUAUCGUAUGAUUAAAAAAGAUGAAACCAAAGCAUAUGCAAGUAUACAAUGCUAAAACCAGGUUGGUGGUCUUAUUUUUUCUAAUGUUUGAUUGCACAAAAAUGUAUGAUAAGUGUCUAUGUUUCAUAAAUGAAAUGUCCCCCGGAACCAUCUUGGGGACCCCAGUUUGAGGACACACACAUACACAAAAAAGUUUACAUUUAAAAAUACGUUCAUUAUGUGCGUUAUUGUUAUUCUUAGUCUGGGUUUAUUGUUUUCAUAUUAAAGUAAAUCAAAAAUAAAACGAGUAAAACAUACACCCUGCUUAAAAUCGCAUCUCUGAUGCCUGUAGUUCACCUGCAGGUGGCAGUAUACUGUAAUCUAGUUGCUAAAUGUCAAAGAAGAAGAAGAAGAAGAAGAUAGACCUCAUUGGUUACUGUAGCGGCGCGUUGAUGAAAAAAGGUUUCUGUCAUAUUAUUAAAUAUCACUAUUUGUACCAGUAACAGCAUUCAUGUUUUGAAAUUAACUUAAAGAAUGUAAUAAAAACGUGCGCGUUAUGUAGUAAUGGACGCGAUGCGGUGCAGUGUGGAGUAUUUAUCCGAGUUUAGUGACUGUCAAUCACACGCAUCACGCAUCAUUCAAUACGACACGAAUCUGAUCUUGACCUGUGGAGACAGUCAUGUACUUGUGUUUCAUAUUCAGGAAAACAGAGUCACGACUAUAUUCCACUACGAAACGCCGGUGAUUUAUGUGGCAUUAAGUGGUGAUAAACUUCGACUAACUUUAUAUGUCCUGUGUGAGAACGGUGGACUUUACUGCACCACUCUUCCCCCACCUUCAAGUUCUUCUGCUUCUGUGAACAAAAGUUCUGACCCUGUUGUGACCAGAGUCUCAGAUGACUGCAUUGUCCUCAAAAACAUCAGCCUGCGAGCAAUCAUCAUUGUCGAGAAGAUCCUUGUGACCCUUAGCCUUCACAAGUCCACCUGGAGUUUUGAUGUCUACGAAGAGCCUGGAUCCAAGCCCCUUCAGAAACUUGCAUGCUUCCAGGUCACAACUGUCAACACCCAAGCGACACACAACUUCUCGAACACCAAAGAAGAUGUUAUAAACUUAACAGAUGAAGAAAAAAGUAGGAAGUCCUCUCCUGUGCUGACUUGCAUUUACCCUGCCGUCUCUCACAAGUCUGAGCUCCAUCCUUAUCUUGAGCUUCGUCUCUUCAGGCUCUUGUUUGGAGUAGAUGCCUCUUUAGUCAAUUCUCCAGUCCUUCUCUGUGGUUUACCUGAUGGCCGUAUUUGUUGCUUUCCUUUGCUCCUCCCCCAAAUGGAUGGUCCAAGAGGUGAGCAGAGAUCACCAAUCAGGGUGCUCCAGAGCUUAGAACAGCCAAUCGUAUUCAUUGGAACCUGCGUCUCAGGGGACGACGGACCUCAAUGUUUGGUAGCACUUGGUCAAAGGGGCAAACUUCUGUUAGUCAGAAGCAAGGAGACCAGUUCGGAAAGCAAAGAGCCAGAUUAUAGAUUCAUUGAACAUAGUGUACGAGGACCGGUUCUGUGCGCCUGUGCUGAUGAUAAAUACCUGUUCUACAGCACUCUGAAGGACCUACAAGCUCUUCGGCUCACCAAAACCUCACCAGAAACAGAAGGAGCAACUGAACCUCAACAGCCAGCUCUGAGCUCAAACAGUCUUGGUGUGUGCAGGGUUAUAGCACUUGCUGGGCCAUACAAUAAUGCCAAAGGAUCUGUGCAUCUGUUGGCCUUAUCUUCAAGUGGAAGACUCAUGCAGGUGAACCUUCCUCAAGGGUCCAAUAAAGAAAACAAAUCCAAGUUUUCUUCAUCUCAAGCCGGCCAGAGAGUCAAGGAUCUCCUGUCAUCCAUUGGAAAUAUUUGGGAGAAGGCGGAGUCCUUGAAACACAAACUGCAGGAGAACAAUGAAUCUCUCAAGCGUCUGAAUCAAGUCAUGAGCGUUUGCAACCUCCUGUUGGCCAAUGAUGGAAAUGACAAGGAACUUAAUAAGUGGAUACAACCAAUCAGCUGUCAUGGUGUGACGAGAUGGAGAUCGCUGCUCCAGAAAGAGUCGUUGGCGCUCACGUGUGUAUUAGAAAAUGCAAGCAUGUAUACGUUGGAACAGGGCUGGACUUUGUGCCUGCAGGUGCAUCCAUCAUCCACAUCUCAGACUGCAAAUACAGAGUGCACAUCCAGGACGUACUCAUUUCCAUUCCGGAAACUGGAUUGCGGUGAAAAACUGGACGUGACGAUUCCUCUUGAAAGAGUAGGCGAGCUGCCAGUAAACAUCUAUUGCUCUCUUGCUUUUACUCUUACGGCUUUAUUCAGCUCUGAAGCAUCUGAAGCUGUAUCACAGCUCUUAAAGGAUAUGGGGUCCAUCAGCGUACCACUGAACACUUUAACAGUAGAUUGGCUUGAUUCAUUAAGACUGGAAGGAGCAUUUUCUCCUGGUAACAUUAUCAGACACAACACUGCCGCAGAUGGCAUCCAAGCCUUUCUGCGUUCAAAAGGAGUCCGAACACAAGACUCUGCUAUUGUUCCUAAAUCCGGACCCCUUCCAGUGGUGGUGAGGAUAUCGUCUGAACUUCUUAAGAGCAAACUGCACCUCUCAGCCACUAGCGGUGUGGAAAUAUGUUCAUCUGUUCUAAACUGGUUGGUUUAUAAGAAGGAGACAGCAGAACGCGCAACUAUAAAAACUCAAGUUAUAUGUGCGUACAGCCCUGAUGGACAGCCGGUCAAGCUACUGGCCAAAGAGAUGACUCUGGAAGAUUUUAGUUUGGAAGGACCUCUAGAUGUGCUAGAGAUUCGGGUGGAGAGUUUGUCUUUGGUGGCGGUGUGCGGACUGCAUCAUGCAAUUCUGAGGCGACUACAGGUGCUGCUCCAGGACACAACAGCAGAUCGUGGGAAUACAAAGCUGUUACAAGCACAAAGGUUGUGUGAAACCGUCCGUCAUGUUGAGUCUCUUUAUAAAGACCUUCAGGACGCUUACAAUCAAGCAGCUCUUGGCGGUUCAGAGACGAACAAGACCUCUGAGAUACUGUUCCACAUUUUUCUGCAGCUGAGGGCAACCCCACUGAUCAUUAUUUGAUUUCAUUAUCCACCACAACUUUUGUAUAAUAUUAUUUAAUAUAUACUGUACAAUGGAAACUGUUUCACUUUUCUGCUAAAAUGCAGAUUCUUUCCUUUCCAUGUGUCCCACAUUGAGAACUUUUCAUUUUCAAUUAAACUUUGUCGACAUUAAACAAAUAGUUUAAUGUCAUUUCAAACCUGUAUACAUUACUUUCUUCAGCAGAACACAAAAUAUAUUUUGAAGAAUGUUGGUAACUGAACAACCCAUUUAUAUCCAUUCACUUCUGUUGCAUGGACACAAAUACAAUGCAAGUCAGUGGGUACCACUGUUGUUCGGUAACUAACAUUCUUCAAAAUAUCUUCAUUUGUGUUCUUCAGUCGACGAAAAGUUACAGAGAUUUGAAAUGACAGGAGGAUGAGACAAGGAUGACAGAAUUUUUUUUUGAAGGUGAACUAUCCCUUUAAGUUUAUGCAAGAUACUAUUUAAAACUAUGACAUCUAUUACAAACUUUAACAUCUCCAUGUGCAGGUCUCUACUUUUAACCCACAUUGUACUUCUUCUAUUUGUAGUUCAUGCUAAAUUUCUUCAAAUCCAUGGCCAGAAGUGUACAAACUGUUACCUUGUAGAAAAUACGUUUAUCAAAAUAAAAAAAGAAACCGA